CUCUCUCCCACACUUUUCCUUUUCUUCCACUCCACCUCCAGCUAAGCUGUUCCCCCCCCCCUCUCUCCCACCCCCUCCAAACCAUCUUCAACUCGCGCAAUAUUCGCCACCAUCUAUCUGCUUGUCGCAUCAUGUCGCACAAGGGCGAUUCCAAGGCCGGUGAUGCCACUAUCACUGUCGAUGUAGAUGAUUUCACGCGCACUCGCGAUAAUGUCAUUGCCAGCCUCGCGCAACUGGCCAAAGCGGUCAGCACCGUGCAGGAAGCUUACAUCAACCAUGCCAACACGGUCUUGGGCCGGGAUCCCGUGCCUCUGCUCGAUCUGAGCCACCUCACCAGUGGCAUCGCUGGCGCGCUCCAUGGCUCUGGUGCGCGCGCCACAAGCCCUGGCGCCAACGCCGAUGGAGAUCAGAAGAAGAAGCGCAAGCGCGCUCCUCCGGACCCGAACGCCCCCAAGCGCGCUUUAACCCCAUUCUUCCUUUACAUGCAACACAACCGCUCCGUUAUUGCCAAGGACCUGGGCCCUAAUGCGAAGCCUAAGGAGGUUUCGGACGAGGGCACUCGUCGCUGGGCAGAGAUGGCCGAAGACGAGAAGGAGGUCUGGAAGCAGCUUUAUGCGGAGAACUUGGCCGAGUACCGGAAAAAGGUCGUAGCCUACAAGGCUGGAUUGCCCUACGAGGAUGACCUCAAGGCUGCCAACCAGCUGCACCAGGGUAUGGAGACUGGGGAGCCCUCGGAUGAGUCGGAAGAGGAAGAGGAGGAGGAAGAGGAAGAGGAAGAGCAAGAGGAAGAGGAAGCAGACUCCUCCCCAGAGCCAGUCCGGGAGCCCACCCCGCCGCGCAGUGGUAAGCGCCGUCGCAGCGAGGGCAAGCCUGCUCCUCCCAAGGAGACCGCCCCGCCUAGCGCGAGAAAGGAAUCCCCUGAGAAGAAGAAGCGUACCUCUGCCCGGAAAGAGAAGGAGAAGGACGAGGAGCAACCCCCUGCCUCAGCUCGCAAGACUGCGAGCGCUGAAUCUAAGCGCACCAAGAAGAAGCGCAAGAGCGAGGUGGGCAACGAGGAGUAAACCCAGUCUGGAGGAAUCUGUUUAUAUUGGAAAAGAUUACCAUGUAUAUGGGCUGGAUGUUUCGAUCUAUGAUGCUGCAUGUAGCACACGGGGAUUGGAUCUUUUUCUGGAAUGAUGCACUUGCUUAACGGAUAUCGUUGUUCAUGCUAUUUGUUAGUGCUGCUGCUGUUGUUGCUGCUGGGAUUUUGCGGGCCUGAUGUCAACGGCGUCUGCGGAUUGACGGGUGGGGUAUUUUUUUUUUUUUUUUUUUUU